CUGCUGGGUUCAGCCGGCCGCGGGCGGCUCAGUGGCGCUUCCUGCCACGCCGGGCCUGCCUGGGCCACGCCAGCCGAGGGCGGCGGGUCAGCCGCCGCCGGGCCAGGGAGUCUUGACAGUCAGCACAGAGAGUAGGAUCCAUUCAGGAGGCUCAUGGGCUGGAAUCCUGUGUGCUGAGCCCUGGAGCUCCACCUGCCCCCCAGGGUCUUACCCUUCCCCAGGAUGGAGCCCCAGGAAACCAGGUGCUGGCAGGCCCUCUUGAGAUGCUGGAGGCCCAGGAUUGGGUGACAUUUGACAACGUGGCACAGUACCUCACAAAAAGGGAGUGGUUGAGGCUGGACCUUGAGCAGAGGACACUGGCAUAUUACAGGAACGUGACCUCCGUGGGAGUUCCUAUUUUGAAUCCUGCCUUGGUCUCUCGCCUGCUGUUGGUAUGAAACCCAUCCCAUAACGUGGACUGAACUAAGCAUUCUGAAAGCAUCUCGGUGACCCAGCGUCAGACCAUGGGUGAAGACGCCCAGCCACAGGAGAUGGCAUCCACAAGCUCCCCAAGAGCCAGUGAGCCAAGCCCUGAGGUCAAACAGAAUGGGGACUCUGAGGGGAGUGGGGGGAACCCCCAGAAUCUGCCUGUAGAACAUCACUUUGCAUGUAAAGAGUGUGGAGACACCUUUCGGCUUAAGGUCCUCCUUGUGCAGCACCAGAGAAUUCACAGCGAGGAGAAGGGCUGGGAGUGUGGCGAUUGUGGGAAGGUCUUCAGGGGGGUCUCUGAGUUCAACGAGCACCGGAAGAGCCAUGUGGCUGCAGAGCCGCGGCCUGGCCCAAGCCGGGCCGUUGAUGAUGCCAUCGAGAAGAGGGAGCAAAUGGAGAGGGAGGCAAAGCCCUUCGAAUGUGAGGAAUGCGGGAAAAGGUUUAAGAAGAACGCAGGCCUCAGUCAGCAUCUGCGCGUGCACAGCAGAGAAAAGCCCUUUGACUGUGAGGAAUGUGGCCGAUCCUUCAAAGUGAACACUCACCUCUUUCGACAUCAGAAGCUUCACACUUCGGAGAAGCCCUUUGCCUGCAAGGCGUGUAGCAGGGAUUUCCUGGAUCGCCAGGAACUUCUCAAGCACCAGCGAAUGCACACUGGCCACCUGCCCUUCGACUGUGACGACUGCGGCAAGUCCUUCCGAGGGGUGAACGGCCUGGCGGAGCACCAGCGCAUCCACAGCGGGGCCAAGCCCUACGGGUGUCCCCACUGUGGCAAGCUCUUCCGGAGGAGCUCAGAGCUCACCAAGCAUCGGCGGAUCCACACAGGCGAGAAGCCCUAUGAGUGCAGCCAGUGCGGGAAGGCCUUCCGGCAGAGCUCCAGCCUCCUGGAGCACCAGCGCAUCCACACUGGGGAGCGGCCCUACGCCUGUGGCGACUGCGGCAAGGCCUUCCGGGGGCCCUCCGACCUGAUUAAACACCGGCGCAUUCACAGUGGACUGAAACCCUAUGAGUGUGACAAAUGCGGGAAAGCCUUCCGGAGGAGUUCUGGCCUGAGUCGCCAUCGGAGGACCCACAGUGGAGCAAGACGCUGCGAGUGCAGUGAGUGUGGCCGCGUGUUCAAGAGGCAGUCAGCACUGCAGAAGCAUCAGCCAACCCACCAGGAGUAGAUGAGGCUUGCAACCCCUCAGCUGUCAGCGGAUUCCUGUGGGGGACCUGCAUCCCUAGAGGGGGAUGGCAGAGUCAAAGGAGGUGAACAGUUUUGUAGCACUUAUAUAUUUUGUCGUCAGAAAGGUUGAAACCAAUUUAUACUGCCACCAGCAAUUUAUAAGUGUACAUGUUUCCCAUUUUGCCUAUGGAGAGUAGAUUUUACCAUAUUAAUUUAUUUUGGCUAGUUUAAAUGGCAUAAAGUAACUUCAAGGUACUUAAAUCCACAGGCCUUGAAUCUGAGCAUUAGAGAAGAGAGACCUGGAUGUGGGGGUGUCGAGGGGGCUUGUUGGUCCUCUCCUCCAAACUCCUCCCCCCUCAG